AUGGGAUCAAUUUUCACAAGCCAAGGAGCUGAAACCAACAACGAUGGUCAAGAAUUGACAAGGCAAGAAAAGAAGUUUCCUGUGAUAGCCUCUAUUGAUUUCGGAACUUGUUUUACUGGAUAUACGUUUAAAAUCAGGGACAAUGACGACGCAAAGCCGAGCUACGCAAACGAACUUGAAAAGAAACACGAGCUUACAUGUAUUUUGUUCGAUGCUGACAAGAAAUUUGAUAGUUAUGGCAGGGACGCCUUGCAAAAAUACAUCAGGUUGUCACCAGCUGAUAGAGACAACGUGUAUUUCUACAGAAACUUUAAAACUUCGCUGACUGUGGAAGAUAAAAAUCUGAAAUUGGCAGACACAGCUUCGAGACAUGCCAUCGAUCCAUUGUGCGUGUUCAAGGGGGCUCUUGAUUAUUUGAAAAAGUGCGUAAUAAAACGAGUCAAUGAAGUCAUUGCAAACCCCGGUGCUGGUGCACCAAUUAUUGAGGGGGAUGUUAUGUGGGUGAUAACUUUCCCAACAGCAUGGAAUGAUUCUUAUAGAGCUUUUAUGAGGAAGUCGGCGACGGAUGCAGGAAUGAAUGUAAACAACAUACGGCUAGUUACCGAACCGGAAGCUGCUUCAAUGUACAUCCGCGAUAUGUGUAUUAAAACUAAGGGCAAUAAGGAUAUUAAGCCCCUGGAACAGGGCGCAAAAUACUUCCUUGUUGACCUCGGCGCAGGAACGGUUGAUCUUUGUGUGCACGAGAUUCUCGAAGACGGAAAAUUGAUGGAGCUUUAUCCAGCGGCUGGGGCGCAUUUCGGAGGAUCCAAUGUUAAUUUCCAGUUCGAGGAGCUGCUUAAAGAACUGUUUGGUAACGAUUGCAUGCAAAAGUUGAAAAGGAAUAAAAUGUUUAAAUACUUCAAUUUACUGCAAGAAUUUGAAGAUAAAAAGCAAAAUUUUGACCCGUCGGCGAAAGACGUUGUAUUGAGUGUAGAUUUUGUUGUUCAAGAGUUUGAAGAGCAUUCCACAGAAUCUAUGAACGAGCGAAUUUCCUCCGGAAAGUUUCACAAAAAGGUUAAAUACGAGAAAGAUACGGGAUUAGUUAUUUCCGGUGAAUUGAUGAAAGAUCUUUUUGAAAAACCGCUAGGAAAUAUCAUCUCGUUUAUUGAAGAAAAACAUGCCGAAUGUUCUGCCAACAACUUACGUGUGCAGAUGCUUCUCUUAACAGGUGGUUUUUCAGAUUCCGAUUACGUUAGAAACAACAUCAAAGAAGCGAUGAAAAAGCGAAAUGUUGAGGUCGUUCAUUUUCAAGACGCUAAAUGCUCGGUUAUGUUUGGAGCGCUUAAGAUGGGGAGUUCACCUAAAUCCGUCAUAAAGAGGCGUUCGAGAUACACAUACGGAUUCUACAAAAAGAUACCGUUCGAUGAGAAAAUCCAUCCGCAAGAAUUGAAAUGCGACCAUGAAGGAAUCACACAGUGUGAUCGAGUAUUUCACAAACUGAUUGAAAAGGGAGAAGUCAUUAGUCAUGGUCAGCUGUUUUCGAGAGAAUCAAAAACAGUGUACAAAAAAGAAAAACACAAUAAGAGAUUAACAUCUCUUUGGAAGUCUGAUAAAACGGAUCCAAAGUACUGCACAAAGGAGGAACAAUGCAGCGUUGUUGCAACAAUUGAAAUACCACCUCCUAGGGGUGGGUGGCCAAGUCUUUUGCACCAUGAACAACAACUGAUUGUAUUGGAAAAUGAAUUUCAGUUGAAGUUUGUCAACAAGAUCACGGAACAAGAGCAUGUAAUGCUGGUACACUAUGAAUAUUAG